UAACCGAGGAGAAAAAUCUCAUGACAGCGAAUGCGGCUUGGCCUAAGUUGGGGGAGAUUUUGUCUCAGGACUUACCAAACGAAAAACCAGAUAGGAACACAGUGGCUAGAGAGAAAGGAACGGCCCUCAACUCGAACAACACAAACGACGGGUAAGUGUUGUGUGAACGACGAACGUGUGAUCAAUGGAUCUCGGUGGUCAGAGGUAUGGCAGCAGAAGAGAGGAGGAAGGGAAAAAGUGUGAGGGUGAGGAGGAGAAAGUGUAAAAGUGGAAGUGGAGAGGUGCGUCGGCGCAACCGUAGCCGUCGUAGCACGUUCGGUGGUAGAUUAGGAUUUGAGGUUGGGAUUGGACCGGGUACGGAAGACCAUUCUAGCGGAAAGAACAGCGCGUGCAGGUGCAGGAGAAACACGAGUGAGGGCAGAGACUUUUUUUUUCUGUCGGAGAGUGGAGGAAGAUCUGAUGGUGGUGGUGGAUGCAGAUGGGAGGACCGGAGAUGGGGGACGGGAGUGGCUCGAGUAAAAUGUCGAGUAAUGGGUCUUCAAGGGGGGUAUCGUAGUCGAAAUGAAGGAGGUGAGAAAGGUAUCGGGAAUUAUCUCGCGGUCAUUGAACUUGACGAGAGACGAGAGACGGAUGGAGAGACAAGAAGGGAGAAAAUGGACCGGUUCAAUCAGGUCAGGAUCAAUUCGAGAAGUGUUGAAUGAUUGUAUGGUGCGGUACGGGUAUGGUAUGGUAUGGUAUUGUAUUUUGACGAGGGAUGCAGAAAGAGAAGGAGCUCGAUUCCGAGGUCGACCACCAUUACAGUACUGUUGCACCACACACUCACUCAGGCGAGAGAAGGAAGGAAAGAAGGAUGGAUGGAAGGAAGGAAGAGUAUUUUUGCG